CACAAUUACUUUUUUUUUAUUCAUUAUAAAAAGACACGUACUGGGAUUCGAACCAUGACCAUUUUAAAGAAAAGCAAAGAUCAUAACCAAUCACACUAAAUACAUUUGUUGUAUCUUUUUAAAUUAAAAACAUAUAAUAGCAGGGAGGAAAAAACCAUUCCCCCAUUUCAAAUUCCCUGCUCCGGGAGCGUUUGUAGGAAGGGCAGAAUAGAGAGUGUCAAUUUUUUUCUCUUUCCUCCGUGGAACGGGCCAACUUACCGUACACAUGCGGAUUUAAACGGGUCCAGGAGUGUCAAUUUUUUUCUUUAAGCCCUUUUAUUUCUCCAUGGUGAUAAAAUAUAGGCAAAAUUCAUCUGUAAGGCCAAAACUUUCACGUUUGUGACAAUAAUAGCCACUUUUGGCGAAAUACCAAAUAUAGCCAGAAUUUAGAAAGUUUCAUGACAAAUAUAGCCAUUUCCGUUACAUAUAUUAACGCCGUCAGUAACACCAUUAGUCAAAUUAAUGGAUUGCUUAGCUGGCUGCCAACUCACCGGACACAUCAUCGACAAGUCAACAAUAUUUGCCAUGUCAUAUUUUAAUUUAAAAAUAAUGAAAAAUCAUUAAUUUUUUCCCCAUCCUCUCUCCUCUCCCACCACUGGAUGCUGCCGUAGAACUCUCUCUUCUCCCUCUCCUCUUCUCCUUCCACACUCUCCACCUUCCACCACCGACCCCAACCACCAAACCCAUAUCCUUCCCCCGACUCCGAUGGCGUUCCAGAUUCAAUCCACCACCGACCCCCCCGACGCCGCUUUGUCCUCCCAAAUCCACCCAGAUCUAAAAUCUCCAGUUGAUUUUUGUUUCGAUUUUACAAAGCUUCAAAACCGACAAGAAUUGUGAAAUGAACAUGAAGAUGAGAGGGGGAUGGGGGCGACUGGGAAAUGCAACGGUCGGUUGAUGAUGGCGACGAUGAUGGGUCGCCAGCUCCUUGGCGAUGGUAUCGAGCAAUGGCUUCCUCGCCUUCGACAUCUACAGCCUGUGCAUAGCCACGAAAUGAGCCGCCGCGUCGGACGACUCGUCAUGGAUAGGAUAUUUUCAGAUUUGAGUGAACAGGAGAUUGGAAUUUAGAUCUAUAUAGAUGGAGAUAGGAGAUUGGAAAUUAGGGGGAUGUGGGGUUUCAAGUUUUGAUGGAUUUGGGGUUUCAAGUUUUGAGAUGGUUGUUGGAUGAAGUGGUUCUGGGUUUCAAUGGAGGAGAAUAUGGUGGGAAUAAGAAUUCUGUGGAAGAGAAUUUGGGCGGAGACGAGAUGGAAACAGAGAAUGUUUUAUCGAUGAAGUGGAAACAGAGGCGGAGGCGGCGGAGAGCGGUUGCGGUUGGAAGCCCAUUUCUUGGGACAUGUGGUCUUGGAAAGCCAUUCUUGGAAAGCCAUUCUUCCUCUGUUUCGCUGAAAAUUUCACAGUAGCAACAUUAAUUUGUUUAGUCGGCAGAGAGAGAGAGAAAGGGGAAGGAAGAAAGAUGGAAGCUUUGUCGAAGAAUUGAAGAAGGAGAAGUGGGUAAGGGCGUGUUUGUCGGAAUUUUCAGUGGUGGACUUUUGGUGGGAGAUCGGACGGUCGGAUGUGGGGUUUGGGCAAUUUUUGUUUUUAUAUAUUUUUUUCAUUAAUCUAUGUGGCAAUGUUGUAUCUAAUGCAUGGUAUCUAUUGCUAAAAAUAAAAAAAAAUUUAACAAUAAACUAAUGCAUGGUAUCUAAUGGGCUAACCGCUAACCAUAAAAUAAAAGUGUUGAAUGGGUCUGACCUACACGGGAUUUGGCCAUCAAGUAAAACAAAUGUACAAUAUUGGUUUGUCAUUCUAAAACAAGCUAUUUUCUCUGGCAUAAUGUAUAUAUUAUGCUAUUAUUUUAUAUCUUAGUGGCUAAAAUAUAAUGUAUUUUAAAGUUAUUCAAUGGUUCAACCUCGACCAACCCAAUUAGUCCAAUUUUUAUCAUUUCAAAUGUAUAUUAUAUAAUUAUUUGAUAUCAUAAUGAUCAAAAUAUAAUGUAUUUUAUAGGGAAUCGUUUGGUAUUUGUUAGUAAAAAAACUAAACGGAACGAUCUAUUUGAUUAUUUUAAACAUUAAAACGAUCCUAAACAUCUUUAGUUCCUUUUGAAAUUUUAUGGUUUAAUUCCCGAUGUGAAAAUGGCGAAUUGCAGUCAUCUCUUUUCUUUCACUAUUUUUUAUUUUCAAAUAGAAAGUUUAAAAGUAAAGAAUAAUUAGAAUUUGGCAUGGGUCAGUCAAACAUGCUGAAUUUCAAGUUUUGGCCCGUUUUGAUAAAGUCUAAUUUAUAAUCACAUGUUUUCCUGAUACCCGAUAAAAAUCUCAAUCCAAACCAGUUUGGCAGGUGAGUCUGUGUUUACCACCAUUUUCUAGGGAUACGACAACGGCGGUUCCUAUCCCAAAUCGUGCUGUUCGUUCUUGACUUCCUUAGAUUUUAUCAUGGCCUAACAAAAAUCAGAAAGCACAAUGACGACAAGAUGAAAGUUUUAUAAAGCAAAUUAAUCGACCAACGGGCCGAGUAAAAGCUAGCAACGAUUGUGAGAGACUCAUUUCCCGAAAACCGACGAGAUAGGCGAUUUUUUAUUCAAUUUUCUGGAAUUCGGUUUCUAUAAAACUUACUCCACCUCAUCAUAUUACCAGAAACAAUAUUGUUUCACAAGGUAACAUGUACUUGAUUUUGGUUCAUAAGGCCGAUUUUUGAUUCAUUGCAUCAUUCAUGUCUCUUUCCUGCUAAAAUUUACUAUUUUUAUCACGAGUUUCCCAAAAAAAAAAAAACUAUACAACAAUAAGCUAUACACCCCAUUACAUUAUCAAAUUUCAUACCUCACCUUCCUCCGGCCAACUGGCCGGGGCCAUGCUAGUUUUCAUAACCACAGAAGUCUGCAAGAUUGCUGCUUCCAGAUUUAGAAUUGAAAGGAUUCCUGGGGGUGGUUUGCUUGAGCCAACCAACAAUUUGUACUGGGAGCAAAUAACAUUCUAAGGAGAGUGAUUAAUCACGCCUUCAACCGAUUCUUUCCUACCAGAUCCUGACAAUCUUAGAGUGUUAUUUGGAAAAAAACUGGAUUUUGGAACGAAAAAUAUGUUCAAGGCGUAUGCUAUUCACAAAUGGACGAUGAAUUGAUGCAUAAGGACCCCGUAUUGGAAAUGAAGAAAAGAUGUCACGGUCCAAAUUUUCUCUACCGGUCUAUUGCUCCCGGAAGGAAAAGAAGAUUGUGACAUCCCUAGAAACCGGUAAUACUCUGCCCCUCCUGUUCCUUGAACUUGGGAUGUCAGAAUGGAUGCAUCGGAUGCAUAUGUUAUUGCAUGCAUAUACUGAAAGAAAGAUUUGGUUCCUGGAUAGAUUUCGAAGCAAUAUAAGCGUGGAUUAAUG